UAGGCUAAAUGAUCAAGUAUACUAUAACACAUGCUAAGUCUCUUCCACAUUAUUCAUUCAUCUCCUCACAACCCCAACAUCUCGACAUCCCACUCACACCCUGGCCCGGACCAUCACCACCACCACCAUGGCCUCCUCCUCCUCAGACGACGCCAUCCCCCCACCCCCAUCCAAGAAACCCUCCAUCUUCCGCUCCGUCCCCUUCCAAAUCCUCGUAGCAUGCGGCGUAUCCUUCACCGCCCCAGGAAUGUGGGACGCUCUGGGCGGCCUCGGAGCCGGCGGCGCAGCCCUCCCCUACGCCGUCUCAGCAGCCAACGCACUAGUGUACGGCCUCUUCGCCGUCGUCUGCGUUCUCGCCGGCGCAAUAAACAACCGCAUCGGCCUCAAGUACGGCCUCGCCCUCGGCUCCCUCGGCUACCCCCUCUACGGCGCAGGCCUGUACACCAACAACGUCAACACAAACACCUGGUUCAUGCUCUUGGGGUCCGCGAUCUGCGGGAUCUCCGCGGGCUUUUUCUGGGCGGCGGAAGCGGCGAUCAUCAUCGGAUUCCCGGCACCUGGCGAUCGAGGCUUUUAUCUUGCGGUCUGGCAGACGGCGAAAGCGGCAGGGCCUAUUGUGGGCGGGGCGAUCAAUUUGGGAUUGAAUGUUAAGACGGAUACGAAGGGGAGUGUUUCGAGUACGACGUAUUUGGUUUUUAUCGGGAUCAUGUGUCUGGGGUUACCCAUCGCGUUGUGUUUAUCUCCUGCGCGGAAAGUGUGGAGGAGAGAUGGGACGAAGAUUCUUACUCGGAUGAACGAGAGCUGGGGCGAAGAAUUUCUCGCGGUGGGGAGACUUUUGGUGAGUCGAAGGAUUUUGUUAUUGCUGCCGGCGUUUUUCAUCAGCUAUUUUUAUAAUGGCUUUGUGAGUACCUGGCUCACGACGUAUUUUACCGUGCGGGCGAGGGCGUUUUCGAGCUUUCUUACGAACUUUGCGGGGAUUUUCAGUUCGUUUAUCAUUGCGGCGCUUUUGGAUAAUCAGAAGGUUGCGAUGAAUUUGAGGGCGAAGAUUGGGUUUGUUGCGAUUGUUACGGUUUUGAUCGGGACGUGGGUUUGGGCGACGAUUCUUCAGAAGCAGUUUUAUGAUGCGGGCGAGGCGCCGGUCUGGGACUUGUUCAAGGGAGGGUUUGGGAAAAGCUAUGCUUUGGUUUUCUUUUGGCAAUUCGGAGGCCAAGCAUUCCAGCAAUUCCUCUACUGGCUCGUGGGACAGUAUGCCACCGACCUCAGCGAUCUCAGCCAUCAUACCGGGAUUUUAAGAGGCACCGAGGCGCUCGGACAGACUGUUGCUUGGGCCAUGCAAUCUGAAGGCAAUGCGAACCAUUUUGUCAGCAUUGGUUUGAAUUUUGGCCUCACUGUGCUUUGCAUCUUUCCUACCUGGAUCGUGCUGUCGGAGUUAAGGGAAAGUCAUGAGGUGGAGGUGCAUGAGAGCAUUGAGGAUCAUGGUGGCGAUGAUGUGGAGGCUGUGAAAGGAACCUCGAGGGCCAGGGCUUCUUAAACCAUCACACAUCGCUUCAUCUCCGCCAUCACCAGUGCGUCGGGUUUUCUCAUCGUCAAAGAUCACGUUCUUUCGUCGAGCUCGAUCGCGGCUGGCUGGCUGGCUCGUUUCGACGUCUGGCAUAUCACAAAGUAUACUGGAAACCUGCCAGUCCCUCAGUCCCGCCGAGUCCCGCCCUCUUGUUUGCCUUCACGAACGACAAAUCUAGCAACAGGAUGAUGACGAGACUCAGCACCAUAGCUCCAAUGCACAGCCCAUACCCAUGGU